AUGCACUUUGAUGGUUCUUCUGGCUUCUUUCAACGGCUGAGGUUUGGCAGAAGCACUGUGCCGGCCUGCAGCGCUAAAGCUGCAGGAUCCCGAGGCUGCACAUUCGUUACACAGCUGCGCAAGUGUGCAGAGAAUUCGAACCCACCACAUGGGUUUUUGAAGAGAACGGUCGGAUAUCUGGGCAGUUUGUGCAGCACACAGCCACAGCUGUCCAACAGAGCGCUCGCAGCCAUCCGGGAUUUCAUAAAAAUCCUGGACCGGGCAUCAGACCCGGAUGACGUGCUCGAUUUUGCCUUGGCCGCUUACUUUGACGAGGUCGUGCUUCGACAUUUUCGUUCGCUCAUGGGUGACGCCUUGGGAAGCCUUGCGUCGGGUGAGCGAGGCUCUAGCACCAGCAUUCCUCCGCUACCAGUUUUGCUACAAGACUGCGAGGAGGAUUUCGAGGCCUUCUCCGACUGGUGUGGGAAGGUGGGUGAUGCCUACGUGUACUUUGUGUUCCUCGACAUCAAAGGUGAUAGGGCACUGCUAACACACGCCGCAAAGCGUUUGCAACAGUUGCUGCGGGUUGAUGUUCCCGGUCUGACUGCAAAUCUUUCUGCGACGAGGCAUUGGGUCCAAUUGGUGUGGAAAGAGCUGGCCUGCCAGCGCAGGUCCCAUACAUUGCAACGGAUGCACAUGCAGGCAUUGCAGCAGUGGCUGUCACAUGCGAAGGAAGCUGCGGUGGCCAGCCUGUGCGAUAUUGGUGGUAGGGCAUUCUGGGACAUGUACUUUUGUGGCCUGACCAAGAUCAGCUGGCACGAUUUUGUGGACGGCCUGCAGGAGCAGUUUCUCAAAGACUUCUGUGCGCAGGACAUACUGCCACCUUUGCGACGUCGCGUGGUCAAGAAGUCCAAAAACCAAGUGCACAAGUAUCAGUGGGAUUGCCUGCUUGAAACCUACGAGCAUUCAAUCCCGGACUUGCUGGAUGCCUUGCUAGAGGAGGCAUUGGAGGAGGGUACAGCUGCGCUUAUCUAUCGCGGCCUUUCCGGGCCAGCUCCGCCAGAGGAUCGACCAAGUGCGACAUGUUCUCGCCGGAGGGCGACACGCAAGGAGGAAGCGAUCAUGCCCGAGACGCAGUGCGCAGGCAGCACAGGCGAAGAGAGCUGGAUCUUGCAGGACAACCUAGUCAGGAAUCUCAAGCCGACCCAAUCUUCAGACAUGUUGGUGGCUUCGGAACACUCUGCGACUGCAAUUCACUCACUGGUGGCAGGGCGCACUCCACAGGAUCCCCGAAUGCGGUCUGGCCCGGCAGAGCCUGGCACCCGCGUGGAGUGGCAGACCUUUGUUGAAGAGUUGAGUGACUCGGAAGCGAGGUGGUGGGCCUCCACAAAGGUAGAUCGGUCGCAGUGCGCUGAAGAGGAUCAUCUGCGCGUCGCUGCGCUUGCUGCAGUCAACAGCUGCUUACACUGCUCAAGGCGUGUGCUCCUGCUGCGUGUCGCAUCUGGUGACCUGGCACAUGACCGACCAGUCCUGGAACUUCCAUCAGGACAUUACAGCCGCUCGGAUCAGACCUCCCAGAUGCCUGCUGUCUUCAUAAGCCCCAACAGUAUUACCUCCACGAUGGGGGUGACAAAGCUGGGGCGAGGGUCCAAGCGCAAAAUGAUGCUUCCUGACUUGUUCAUGAGCGAGCCCAUUGCAUCUCGCUCCCACCUUGCCAUCUGCUACAAUGCCGACUCCGACAGGUACCAGAUCAUGGACACUGGCUCCAAGUGGGGCACGUUUUUGCAGGUCCAACCGGAGGGGGAGCUUCUGAAGUGUGGCGAUUGGAUACGCAUUGGAAACGCCGAGCUGGUGGUUCGAUUCUGUGGUGGUCACUGCAAUGCCCACAGGUGGCAUAGCCAGAGAGGGCAGCGCAUGUCUGCCAUGUCUCGAUCUAUGAGCUCCUCCUCUUUGCAAGGCAGUUCGUCUUUCACACGCAGCCUGUCGAUUAGCAACUGGGCGGAGGAAAAGGAGCCGGAUGAAGAGGUGCAGGAGCAGAUUGCGUCUGUCCUCAGCGGGAGACCACGAAAAGCCUGGGACACACCAGCUGACAAGAUGUGCCAAUCUCCUCAUGGCUUCCAGGAUGCGAGGACUAUCCCUGACAUUCGUCCUCAUUCGUCGUCACUGCCGUGGGCGCCUUUGGAGAUUGACUUCGUGUCAGGACCCCGCAUGGGGGAAAGGCUGCUCCUGACCGAUAGUGUGUGCACCGUCGGUCGGGCGGACACCUGCACCGUCCAGAUCAGCGACCCCAUGCUGGCAAAUGUUUCGCGAAGGCAUUGUUUUCUGAAAAGAACCGCCAAGGGUUGGAAGAUUCAGGACAACAAGUCCACGAAUGGAACUUGGAGAAGGCUCUCCUGUGUUUUAGAGCCGUCCGAGCCAAAGGACUUGCAGAACGGCGCUUGCAUUCUGGCAGGUGUUCAUGAGUUUAGAGUCGAGGAGGCAGAAAUGGAUCGGUGUUGGCUGCCCUCACCUGCAUCCAAGAUAUUGCAAUCGCUGCAAGCAGCCGCUGGUCCGGAGCAGGGGCCACCAGCCGUAGAACCCCCAGAGGUCGUCCAUGGGCAGCCGUAG